AUGAAGCACUGAGAUCUAAGCUGCGAUCUCCUAGACUUCUCCUCAUAGAGUCGUUUAGCAAAGAAAGAUAACGGGACGGGAGUGUUUGCUCUAGAACUCUGGGCUGGCUUUCAUCCUGAUAACAGAUCGUCUUGGAUUCUGGUUAUUUCAGUCAGCCAGGUUUUGCUGUGAGACAUGGAGUCAAAAAGUGAAGGCUCAACAUCACUUAGUGAAAAACUGGCUUCUAUUGAGGAUGAAGAAGUUCUCAACAAAAUGCUGGACAAUGCAGCUGAUUUUGAAGAGAGGAGGAUGAUCCGUGCUGCUUUGAGGGAUCUGCUCAAGAAAAAGAGAGAAAAGAGGCAGCAGGAACGUGGGGUGAGGCAGCAGGACCUGAGGCAGCAGGUCUUGAAUAAAGAAGGAACAACCGGUGGAGCUGGAAGCAUCGGAAAACCAUCCAUAAACCAGCAGGCGGCCACUAACAAGUCAGCAGGUCAGCCAUCAUCCUCCACUCCAAUCAGCAGAACAGCAGGCAAGGCCGCUCCUGCUGGUGUCUCACUCAAGAAAUGUUCCUCUGCUGAACCACCCAACGCUAAAAAUGUCAAACAAAUGCUUCUGGACUGGUGUAGAGCCAAAACAGAGCCAUAUGAGGGGGUAGACAUCCAGAACUUUUCAUCUAGUUGGAAAGAUGGCAUAGCCUUCUGCGCCUUGGUUCACCGAUUUUUCCCAGAUGCAUUUGAAUACUCCACCCUGAACCCCUACAAGCCGAUGGACAACUUUCAGCUGGCUUUCAGCACUGCAGAGAGGCUGGCAGGAUGCCCACCUCUGCUGGAUGCUGAAGACUUGGUCCGCAUGAAGGAGCCGGACUGGAAAUGUGUGUACACAUACAUCCAGGAAUUUUACCGCUGUCUGGUGGAGAAGGGCCUGGUCAAAACCAAGAAACGCCCACAAGUCUGAGAGUCUGAGAAUCACUGCCAUUUAUACAGAUAAACACUCUCCCAGGACAGGGCUUUGUGAUUGUUUGCAGAUAAAUAUUUAAAAUUCAUUCACAAUUAUUCUACUAUGAAUGCACAGCGACUAACGGCCAGUGUUGGGUUAUAGAGAGCUGACGCUGUCUGUGAUUUAGGAGAACAGCUGGUGUUGAGGAUUAGUUCAUUCCUAUGAGAUUACACAUCUGCAUUAAUCCCACUGUGAGUCUGAGCAUAAUCUUGUGAUGAUGAUGAUGCUCCUCGGGACCCCAAACAGUCUGAGAAUGAGGUAAAUACAUACCAAUUUCUUUAUACAACUUAUAUAAACAGCAAAUGUAUUUAAUGUAUUAUUUAGCCUAAAUGUUAGAGAGUAAAACAGUCUUCUUUUAAUUCAAACACCAUGUUAUAUUCUUGAUGUAAAGAUAGCGGGUCCCUAUACAUAUUGGGCUUUCUGUAUAGAACUGCCUCUGAUUUCCAGAUUUUCUAACUGCUCUAACACAAAAAUUUCUUAAAGUUUUUAAAUAAAACAUGGUGCUUAUUAUCCCACCAACU